UGCGCAUACACGCGUGUUGUUCAUGCUUUGGCCAUUCCGCGCCCGUCCGAGGAGUUGAUCUCAGUGGAUCGGAGAAGAAGAUGAGGCAUCGCAUGAGAGCGACAGUCCUUUUUUUGUUGUGUUUUUGGGGGAAAUCGUUCGCGGGGUUUCCAAAUCAAAUCAACAUUGGAGGGCUGUUUAUGCGCUCCACGGUGCAGGAGCACAGCGCCUUCAGGUUCGCAGUCCAACUCUACAACACCAACCAGAAUGUGACAGAGAAACCCUUCCACCUCAAUUACAACGUGGACAACCUCGAAUCGUCCAACAGCUUCACCGUGACACACGCAUUCUGCUCCCAGUUCUCCCGGGGAGUUUACGCCAUCUUCGGCUUCUACGACAGGAAGUCUAUGAACACACUGACCUCCUUCUGUGGGGCACUGCACACCUCCUUCAUCACGCCCAGUUUCCCCACUGACGCUGAUGUGCAGUUUGUCAUCCAGAUGAGGCCUGGUUUGCGGGGUGCUGUCCUCAGUCUCCUGGACCACUACAAGUGGGAGAAAUUUGUCUACCUUUAUGACACCGAGAGAGGUUUUGCAAUCCUUCAAGCAAUCAUGGAGUCUGCCGUCGCCAACAACUGGCAGGUGACGGCGCGUUCGGUGGGGAACAUCGUCAACCCUACAGAGUACAGACGCAUCAUUGAAGAGAUGGACCGCCGGCAGGAGAAACGCUUCCUCAUCGACUGUGAGGUGGACAGGAUCAACUCUAUUCUGGAACAGGCAGUGAGCCUGGGGAAGAACAGCAGAGGAUACCACUACAUCCUUGCCAACUUGGGCUUUUCCAACAUAAGUCUGGACAAAGUUUUCUCUGGCGGAGCCAACAUCACAGGCUUCCAGAUUAUCAACCCAGACAGCACAAUUGUCCAGCAGUUUCUCCAGCGCUGGGAACGCUUGGAUGAAAGAGAAUUUCCUGAGGCCAAGAAUGCUCCACUGAAGUAUACGUCAGCUCUGACCCAUGAUGCUAUACUGGUGAUUGUGGAAGCCUUCCGGUACCUUCGGCGCCAGCGAGUGGAUGUAUCUCGCAGAGGGAGCGCUGGGGACUGCCUGGCCAACCCAGCUGUCCCAUGGAGCCAAGGGAUUGACAUAGAGAGAGCGCUCAAAAUGGUUCAAGUACAAGGCAUGACAGGCAACAUCCAGUUUGACACAUUUGGCCGGAGAUCCAACUACACUAUCGACAUCUACGAGAUGAAGUCGGGAGGUGCCAGGAAGAUCGGCUACUGGAACGAAUACGAAAAAUUUGUAUAUAUAAUGGAUCAGCAGGUCACCAACGAGUCCUCUUCUGUGGAAAACCGAACAAUUGUGGUCACUACUAUUAUGGAAGCUCCAUAUGUGAUGUACAAGAGAAACUUUAUGCAACUGGAUGGGAAUGACAGAUAUGAAGGCUACUGUGUCGAUUUAGCUUCUGAAAUUGCGAAACACGUGGGGAUAAAAUACAAACUGUCAAUAGUUGCGGAUGGAAAGUAUGGCGCCAGAGAUCCAGAGACCAAGACGUGGAACGGGAUGGUGGGUGAAUUGGUGUAUGGGAGAGCUGAUAUAGCUGUGGCUCCUCUAACUAUAACAUUGGUACGGGAAGAAGUGAUAGACUUCUCUAAGCCCUUUAUGAGCCUGGGUAUCUCCAUUAUGAUAAAGAAGCCUCAAAAGUCCAAACCUGGGGUGUUUUCCUUCCUGGACCCACUGGCCUAUGAGAUUUGGAUGUGUAUAGUGUUUGCCUAUAUCGGCGUGAGCGUGGUGCUCUUCCUGGUCAGCCGUUUCAGCCCCUAUGAGUGGCACCUGGACGAGAAUGAUGAAGCCAAAGACCCCCAGAGCCCUCCAGACCCACCUAAUGACUUUGGGAUUUUUAAUAGCCUGUGGUUCUCCCUGGGCGCCUUCAUGCAGCAAGGAUGCGAUAUUUCACCAAGGUCCCUGUCUGGACGUAUCGUCGGAGGCGUGUGGUGGUUCUUCACCCUCAUCAUCAUCUCCUCCUACACAGCCAACCUGGCCGCCUUCCUCACCGUGGAGAGGAUGGUGUCUCCCAUAGAGAGUGCAGAAGACCUGGCUAAGCAGACGGAGAUUGCCUAUGGGACUUUAGACUCAGGCUCCACUAAAGAGUUCUUUAGGCGCUCCAAAAUAGCCGUUUAUGAAAAAAUGUGGUCAUACAUGAAAUCGGCUGAACCCUCAGUGUUUGCCAAGACAACACCAGAUGGGGUUGCCCGGGUACGAAAGUCGAAGGGCAAGUUCGCCUUUCUUCUCGAAUCCACAAUGAACGAGUACAUAGAGCAGCGGAAGCCUUGUGACACCAUGAAAGUGGGCGGCAACCUCGACUCUAAGGGCUAUGGUGUGGCUACACCUAAGGGCUCUGCAUUAAGAAAUGCUGUUAACCUGGCAGUGUUAAAACUGAACGAGCAGGGCCUCUUGGACAAAUUGAAAAACAAAUGGUGGUACGACAAGGGAGAGUGCGGCAGCGGGGGAGGUGACUCUAAGGACAAGACAAGUGCACUAAGCCUGAGCAAUGUGGCUGGGGUCUUCUAUAUUCUAGUUGGGGGGCUGGGGCUGGCUAUGACUGUGGCUCUCAUUGAAUUCUGCUACAAGUCACGGCAAGAGACCAAGAGACUGAAACUCGCAAAGAAUGCCCAAAACUUUAAACCGGCUCCUCCAGCAAACACCCAGAACUUUGCCACGUAUCGGGAAGGCUACAACGUGUACGGGACAGAGAGCGUUAAAAUUUAGGGGGAUCUACAAGACCUCCCACUGGUACGUCAGGAUGAAGACAGACAGCCUCUCUGUGUGUGCACACCACACACUGGAGCCGGCAUCCUGCAGGCAAGAGACGUGGUGAUCAGCUCGGAUCCCAACCCACUGUCACCUACUGCUUAUCCUGGGACACCACGCCUGCCACCAUUAUCGAGAGCUAGGACACAAUAGGACUUGUGCUUCUGAUAAUUAUGGGACAUGCCUCUUGUAGUGCCUUAUGGAGCAUUUAGCGUCAUGGCAAUGCAAUUCAGAUUUAAUUUACUUGAAAAAAAAAGUGUUGGGGGUGGGGGGAGACUGUGGUACACCAUUGUUUCCGAAUGAGCGUUAGAUCAGCUGUUGUAAAUUAUGUGAGGAAGUUUUAUUUUCAUUUUAAAAGAAGCAAGCCAUGGUUUUGCAGUCAACUCAUCCUGGAGUACUUAAUAAGUUAUCUGACACAUUUAGACAUAUGUUUCGUGGUGAAAUAUUAAGUUGGAUAGGUGUUAAGCUAUAUUUAAGUGUGAUCAAAGUCAUCGACUUAUUUUAUGACGGGACUAUUUUCAGUGUCAUGUUUAGGACAAGCACCGAUCAAUAAGAUAAGAUCAUUUAAAGGGAACAAUAUUUUACUCAUUUUUUUUAUUCAGACAAUGUGGAUAACUGGAGAUCUGUGGUAAAACCGAAUUGCUUAGGUGCCGUCGUCAAUUUUGAAGUCGCCAUCAUGCAAAUGUCUUUGUAUUCAGUUAGAUGCUUUGGUUGACCUCUACCAUACUGAGAUCACGUCAUGACUGCCAACAUUUUGAACCAAGAACCAUUUUUAUUGAGAUGAGGACAGCUUUUAAAACACUUGGUGCCAUAUUGUUGAAAUGUUAGGGAAAAAAAACAAUCCCUCAGAGAAUUGCUUCAGCAAAUAGUGGAGUGGUUCAUUUUACGAGUUAUAUCGAGUUUAAGUGAUUUUACAGCCGUGGAUGACAAACCUAUAGCGGCUGUUCUUAUUUAAAUGCAACAUCUGCAGUCGUCAAACUCUCAAAAAAAAUUAUAAAUGUAAACACACCAUAUUUGGACGCAGUACAACUUUCUGUGUCUAGGUACACACAGAAGAUGAAUUGUAAAUUGACCAAAAAAAAAAAAGGGGGGGGGGCCCAGAAUGAAACAGCUUGUGUCUGUUUGUGUGAAGGACAAAGACAGAAAUGCUGCAGAUAAGAUGCGCAUACAUCCAAGUCUAUUUCCCCUAAAUAAAAUGCAUGUGAAUUUGGUGAUAGCUUUACCCUACUGCAACCUAAAAUGGACCCUCGUUAGGUAAGCCUACAAUCACAUUCAAUCCUGUCUUUUUUUUCCCUCUUUUCUCCCAAUUCAAUUGUAACUGCACCUCAACAAUGAGAGUUGCAUGUUUGGGAAUAACUAACCUCUGCAGAGAGGUCAUGUACAAAGAAUUUUAUUACAUUUCCUAAAUAA